GUUCAUGUAUUUUGUAUCGCGUACAUUUUCUAGUUCAAAUAAACCGAUAUCCAACUGAAACGAAAACAGGCCCACCCCUGGCGAAGAUGGAAGUCCGAAGUCGGUCUUGUUCUUCCUAAAUCCGCAAAUCGCAGAACGGAAUAAACAGAGCGAGAGCGAGAGCCGCACAGGGCCAGAGACCCGCCGCCACUCGUCGUCGCCCAUCGCCCUCUGUCCGCGGUCCGUCUGUCCGCCGCCGCAUUCGUCAGCCCGGCUGACCGCGUCGCAUCGUGCUGCCCGCCGCUCCACUGCCAGUCUCCCAGUCCGGCAGUUGGCAAUCUCAUUAUAUCAAUCUCGCUGACUCUUUCUCUUGGCAGUCAGCCUCAGGCCUCAGCCACAAGCCUGGCAGGAUAAGGAGAGACAUUCAUUGAUUUCUUGUCUAGCCAAGCCAUUCGUUGAUCAUCCUCAUAGGAAUGAUUCUGCUACUCAGCCACAAGUAGGGGGGUGAUCCUACAUCAUCACCUCGUGUUGUGUCUUCAUCACCCCCACUAACAUGCAACCAAAAUAUGGACGAGGAAAGGGAGUGUGUACCCUCUGUACGACUUCGUGACUAUGUUAAGAAUGCAGAUUUAAGGAUACAGACAGGUCUUGUUCCCACCUGCCUAUUGUUUCCCAUGUCGCCUUCAGAGAAUCCGUUGCAGCUUAUCUUCCAAUCAUUCGAGAAGGUAUCAAAUAGCAUCCAAACCCAUCUCUCCCACUUCCUACGUUUUCCAAACACUACAAAUCCACCCUUUGGUAUUUCCACUACUUCAAUAUCAAACAACUUGGCUCCAAGACGUGCCACCUCAGAUCUUCUCCAACCCACUCCAAUUCCAAAGAAGUCCAUUCAGGAAACGUUUGAUGGCCCAGUGAUUAAAGAAGAACUUGGAAGGGCCACUUGGACUUUUCUUCACACUCUUGCAUCUCAGUACCCAGAGAAGCCAACCAGGCAACAGAAGAAAGAUGUGAAAGAAUUGAUGGCGAUUAUAUCUCGCAUGUACCCUUGUCAGGAGUGUGCCGAUCAUUUUAAAGAAGUUUUGCAAUCAAAUCCCGUCCAAGCUGGAUCCCAAGCUCAGUUUUCACUAUGGCUUUGCCGCGUUCACAAUAUUGUUAAUAGAAGUUUGGCUAAACCUAUUUUCCCCUGUGAACGGGUUGAUGCACGAUGGGGUAAGCUUGAUUGUGAGCAGCGAACCUGUGAUUUGCAAGGAAGCGACAAGUUUUUCUAACGAAGCAUAUGCUAUGAAUUAGUUGCACCAGGAAAUCUUUAGCCAUGCUUGAAUCUGCUGAGAUGUAAAGUCUAUACAUGCAGGCAAUGUGAGAACAUACAUGGUAAACCAUUAAGGGUGGUUGAAUCGAUGGAGUAUUUGAACUAGUGAUUGAGAGAGAUCACGAAUUCAUUCCCCUACCAAUACCUUCUCGGUCGAGCCGUCAUGUAGGGCUUGUCUAGUACGGAGUAUGUUUUAAUUGGCUAGCACUUAGCAGUUAUCAAAUCAAUAGCACUUAGCAUAAUUUAAAAGGCCCAAUCAGUGUCGAUCCUACCUAAACUUGGGCGAUCGGGCCUGAGGCGGCCUACAUAAGUGGGUUUUAUACAUUGUGUUUGUUUGUCAUAUAGAUUUAUCAAAAUUCAGUGACUAAAUAUAAAAAAUCGCAAUUCUUAAAUAAAAGUCUUACUCCCU